CCCUGCUUCCCGAGUCCCGACUGUCGGGAAUCUUCACCUGCCGUUUUCUUUUCGCGAUUGAACCAUCCAAGAUUCAAAUCAAGACACCCCAUCAUAUGCGUUGCUCCAAGCGCAGCGCCAAUGCCGCCUCCGCCCCAAUAUGUUCCUCCGCCACAGGAACCUGGCUAUUUACCUAGUCAUCGCCGUCGUCGCUUCCCUAUUUCUGUGGCCGAGGGCCCCAAAAUGGCCAUCCGUACAUAACAGAGUAGAUCUAGAGAUCCUCAAUGUCACCUUGGGGUUCCAGCACAUAUUCGUCAUCAACCUUUCCACACGUACCGAACGCCGAGAUGCCAUGACCCUGUCUGCUGCCCUGAGCGAGCUUAAGAUCACAUGGGUCGACGGCGUUGCGGGAAAGGAUGUCCCAGACAAUGCCCUGCCGGGUGACCCGACCACGCGACAAGGCGCUUUUGGCUUGGGAAACAAAGGGUCUUGGAGGGCUCAUAUGAACGUGUUGCAACGCAUCGUCCGAGAGAACGUAACCAGCGCCCUCAUCCUCGAGGAUGACGCCGACUGGGACGUGCGGUUGAAGCUCCAGAUGCAAGCAUUCGCCCAGGCGGCAAUGGUGUUCACACAGCCAUCGAAUAAGCACACUCUAGCAGAGAAGUACCGGGACAAACCCCAUCCUGAGUUCCUGGUCACCCAGUUGCCACUCAUGACACGGGCCCGCGAUACUCCGUAUGGUGACGGCUGGGACGUCCUCUGGCUCGGACAUUGCGGUACAGAGUUCCCUGCCACAACGGAGCCGUACAAACCUUCCCCACUGCGAGUGAUUAUUCCGAACGACAUGACCGUCCCGUCGCCGUCGCACCUCAGAGCACAUCCUUUUGCUCUACAGGACAACUUGGCCCAAGAAUAUCCUCCCUACACGCGCGUCGUUCACGCAUCGAGUGGCACUACUUGCACCCAGGCGUACGCCGUCAGCCAGCGAGGUGCAAGAAAGCUAUUGUGGCGGUUUGGGUUGCAGACACUGACGACGGGCUGGGAUCUGAUGUUGCGCGACUGGUGCGACGGCUUGUAUACCCGUCCGAUGGAUCCAAGCACGAACGAGGACACAUGGGGAAGCGGAAGGAUAAAGACGCCGGUGUGUGUGACGGUUCAACCCCCGCUGUUCAGCCACCAUUAUGGAAAGGGGGCUGCGUCAGACAUCAUGGCGCCUGGCGGCGGGUUCGUGAACAAAGAGACGGAGAUGACUCCUUAUGUGAGGAUCAGUGUUAGGUUGAAUAUGGAGCGUUUGAUCUCCGGAGAGGAGGCUGUGGAGCAAUGGGCAGAGGACACCGAACACGUGUGAUCAAGAGUCGGGUCUGGGUAUACAGUCCCGGCCUCUCACCGAAUCAGUCAAAGGCAGUAUUGCCAAAUUGUGACCUAUGGUCUCAGCACAUCGGAAACUUCGCCCUUCUCGACAUUGGCAAGAAGAUUAGGUUUGAAGGUUACUGAAGCUAAAGUGAAGUUAUUGAACAUGACCGACACUUACAACCUCG